AAAUUAAAAAUUAAAUGUCUGGUCUCCCUGACUCUACUCUACUUACUACUAACUCUCUACCCAUUACCAAACCCUAAUCUCUCUCCUCUCUCAACUUUCUUGCUUUCAUCGCACUUCCAUUUCAUACUCCCCAUCUUUUUCAUUUUAUCUGGUAAUUCUUUAAUUGACUGUAGAUCUGAAUCUGGGCAGUUUCCAGUUUUUCAUUUGGUUUCCUGUGGAUGAUGGGUCAGGAUUGACCUUCUCAGUUUUACUUCAAUUGAUGGUUAAAAAUUAGAUCCUGAGCUGUUUUUAGCUGAUGGGUAUUCUUGAUCAGUAAAUUUGGAUGUGAAAAGGAUUUUGAUUUAAUAAAGAUGUCGUUUAAGAGUAUUCUUCAGGAUAUGAGGGGUGAAUUUGGGAGUAUUUCUAGAAAAGGAUUUGAUGUGAAAUUUGGAUAUGGGAUGCGAUCCAGGUCUCAGAGGGUAGUUCAAGAUAGCUCCUUUGUGGCUGUUGAUGCUUUUAAGCAGAGUUGUUGGGCUAAUAUGCCUCCUGAGCUUUUGAGGGAUGUUAUCAUGAGAAUUGAGGCUUCUGAGAGUAGCUGGCCUGACCGGAAGAAUGUGAUUUCGUGUGCUGGUGUUUGUAGGAAUUGGAGGGAAAUUAUGAAGGAGACUGUUAAAACUCUUGAGGUUUCGGGCAAAUUGACGUUUCCGAUCUCGUUGAAGCAGCCUGGACCAAGGGACUCCCUUCUUCAAUGCUACAUCAAACGGAAUCGUAGCAACCAAACAUAUUAUCUUUACCUCAGCCUAAAUCAAGCAGCUUCAAAUGAUAAUGGUAAGUUCCUUCUUGCUGCCCGGAGGUGCAGGCGGCCUACUUGCACAGAUUACAUCAUUUCUUUAAAUUAUCAAGAUGUGUCUAGAGGAAGCAGCACCUACAUUGGAAAGCUAAGAUCAAAUUUUCUGGGAACCAAGUUUACUAUCUAUGAUGCGCAACCUCCAACUAUUGGUGCCAAAGUUGCCAAAUGUCGCUCCAGUCGGGUAGUUAAUAUGAAACAGGUCUCACCCAGGGUUCCUGCAGGGAACUAUCCCGUAGCACAUGUCACAUAUGAGUUGAAUGUCUUGGGGUCAAGAGGUCCAAGGAGAAUGCAGUGUAUUAUGGAUGGCAUCCCUGCUUCUGCUGUUGAUCCCGGAGGAGUGGCCCCCACGCAGACUGAGUUUAUGCAUAGCAAUAUGGAUUCUCUGCCGUCACUUCCCUUUUUUAGAUCCAAGUCUAUCCGAACAGAUAAUACCCAGUCUGGUCCUUUAUCUAGUAAUAAGGAUGCAAUGCUAGUGCUAAGAAACAAGGCACCUAGGUGGCAUGAGCAACUUCAGUGCUGGUGUCUGAAUUUCAACGGGCGUGUGACGGUUGCUUCAGUUAAGAAUUUUCAGCUGGUUGCUUCUGUGGACAAUGGAGGUGGUAACAGGCAAGAGCAUGAGAAUGUUAUACUUCAAUUUGGAAAAGUGGGGAAGGAUGUGUUUACAAUGGAUUAUCAGUAUCCAAUCUCAGCAUUCCAGGCGUUUGCUAUAUGCCUUAGUAGCUUUGACACUAAGAUUGCUUGUGAAUGACAGAUCAUCAGGGAUUGCAGAGGCGGUUAGCUGUGUCACAGAGGCAUUGUGCAAAAAGCUUGUAGACAGCUCAAUCUCGUUCCUUUGUUAAUGCAAUCAGAAAAAAUAGGAUUGUUAUUAUUUUUUAUUUAUGUACAUAUAAACUCUUUACAUUCUGAAACAAAAACAGUGCAGUUGUGCAAUGGCUGACAAGGAUCUUAUAUGGGUAGGUCUGAGUGUUAGCGACUCUCGACUCCUUAAGUGGGAGUCGUCGGCUUGGAGUUUUCAUAGGUUAAGGCUAAUUUUAUUUCGGAUGUUGCUUUGCUGCCCAUUGAUCUGUAGUUUACAAUUGCUUUUCUUCUGUUGAACACUUAGAAUUUGCUAAUUCAAGACCAUACUUUGAAAA